AUGAGUUCGACCCGACCCAUCCAGUCCGUGGUCAAUGAAUCGACCAGGUCGCCCUCUCCGCCCCGGCCCAUCCCCAGCUUCGACGCAGAGAAUUCCACCGUGGCACCAGACGGCGAGGCUUUCCCUAUGCAUGGUAUGCGUGUUUCAGACGCUCACAGUGGCCAACGCUCUCGCCCUCCGCGUCCGCAUGGGGGUAAUCGACAAUACUCAACCUCUCCCCAAUAUGUAACUUCGAACAGUUCUUACCAGGGAUCUCCUCCGCCUCAUUCGCCAUAUUCUGGUGGCCGGGGCAGCUGGAAUGGCCAGUCAUAUCACGGGCAGCACGGGCACUCUCCACCUUAUCGACAGAACAGUUAUUCUGCACAGGGUGGCUCACAGAAUUCAUACUAUCAAAAUAACCAAAGCUCUUACAAUGGACCUGGAAACUCUACCCAGCAACCAUUUUCGGGGCCCUCCUAUCGAGGAGGGCAUUCAAAUUAUCGGGGAAAUCAUCCAAAUCAAGGUCCUGAUCGCAGAUUUGGGACCCACGGCUCUCAAGGCUUUUCCAAUGGACCUCCGCAGCGAGGUCGUGGUCAUUUCAGCAACCUACAAUGGACUGCCUCGGGGUCUCGCGGCCGGGGUGACCAGCGCAGUCCACUCACAUCCCAUAACCAGCCUCCUGCAAGCCCCUCUCAACCUGCUUCCUCGGGUAACAAGAUGUCACCCAGUCUCGAUGAUGAUGACCGUCCGUUCAGACCUUCGAGUAAAGAUUUACCAGUGGAAGAAGAAGGGCCCAAAACCACCCAAGACUUAGAGAAUGGAGAUGAUCUGAGGAUACCACCGCCAGUUCAGCAAUCCAAUCAGUCAGAGACCCCGAACAAGGGAGGGAAAUUCAGCUUUGCGUUCAAGGCCAAAACCACCCCGGUUGCCGUCCCCAAGCCGGUCCCAGAUCUGGCUCAGCGGAUGCAGGUCCGUGAACCCCCGCCUCGAGCCGCCGAGCCGCCACAGCGCAGCCGGAUGCCCUUGGGGCCGCCUCCUAAAUUCAGGCACGACACGCGUUUCGACCCCAGAGACCGUGAUCGUAACCGUGACCGAACCCGGGACCGUGAACGUGACCGGGGACGUGAGAGGCCGCCGCGAGAGAGGGAAGACCGCCGUGAAUUCCGGGAACCACGCGGGCCCCGUGAACCCAGGGACAGACGCCACCCUCGGAGAGACGAUCGCCGCUUCAACCAGCAAUUUGAAAAGAAAAAUGAGAGACGGCACGAAAUGCCACUGGGUCGUCACCGGGAGCUCUCGCCGGAGCCCCCGCUGGAACCAGCAAGGCCGACCAAGAUCCUCACGCGAGUCAAGCCGCGACCAACCCUCUCGGAGGAAUUCUCACAGUCGGAUUCGGUGUACUUCCGAAAACCUGGAAACGAAUCCGUGAUCGGUGCUGGCACGUAUGGUAAAGUGUUCAAGGCCAUCCACAUCUACACGAAAAAGAUGGUGGCCCUCAAGAAGAUCCGGAUGGAGGGCGAGAAGGACGGGUUCCCUGUCACGGCGGUGCGGGAGAUCAAACUACUCCAACAUCUGCGCAAUCCGAAUGUCGUCAGUCUCCUCGAGGUGAUGGUCGAAAAGAACGAGUGCUUCAUGGUCUUUGAGUAUCUGUCUCAUGAUCUCACGGGGCUGAUCAACCAUCCCACCUUUACGCUUACGGAGGCCCACAAGAAGAAUCUGGCGCAGCAGAUGUUUGCUGGAUUGGAAUACCUCCACCACCGGGGUGUGCUGCACCGCGACAUCAAGGCCGCCAACAUCCUCAUCAGCAACACCGGUCUGCUCAAGUUUGCAGACUUUGGAUUGGCGCGGUUCUUCUCCAAGAGCCGUGAACUGGACUAUACCAACCGCGUGGUGACCAUCUGGUAUCGGCCGCCGGAGCUGCUCCUGGGUGAGACCCGGUACGGCCCCGCCGUGGACGUCUGGAGCGCGGCGUGCGUGUAUAUUGAGUUAUUCACCAAGAAGGCCGUGUUCCCCGGGGAAGGCGGCGAGAUCAGCCAGUUGGACAAGCUGUACAACUGUCUCGGGACGCCCACGCGCGCGGAGUGGCCGGAUAUCGUGGAAAUGCCGUGGUUCGAGCUCAUGCGCCCUACGGAAAGAAAGAAGAGAAUAUUCGAAGACCUGUACCGUUCUAUCCUCAGCCCGGCUGCCCUGGACAUGGUGUCCCAAAUCCUUAGCUAUGAUCCCGCCAAACGGCCGUCGGCUGAGCAAGUGCUGCAGCACCCGUACUUUGUCUCUGAGGAGCCCAGCCCUCAGCAGGCCAUCGAGUUACAAAAUAUCGAGGGUGACUGGCACGAGUUUGAGUCCAAAGCUCUCCGCAAAGAGAAAGAUAAGGAGGCCCGGCGGGCUGAGUAUCAGAAGGAGAAAGAAAAACGCAAGGCAACGACGGGAGCAGACUCGCAAGGGGAACGAGACUCCAAACGGGCGAAGCAGGAUGCAGACAGCUCUCAGCAUGUUUGA